AUGUCCUUGUUAGUAUUGAGGAAUUUGGGUGUUCAAGCUGUUGCUAUGAGACCCAAAAGCCCAGAUGAUGUGAGAGGAAAGGAGGUGCUGGCUGCUUUGAAAGUGGAGUCUAGGUUUUGUUGUGUUGAACAAUCCUUGUGGGCGAAAUGGUUAUCAAUGAUGGACAAGGAUGGGAAUCGCCAAGGGAACCUUAUGAAGUAA